CAGCCGCCGGGGAACUGAACGGGGAGGGGCUGGCAGGCGAACCGGAAUUGAGGGGUGCUUCCGCGGUGCGCGCGCCUCGACAUCCGGGCACCACCUUUUCUCCCGCCUCUCCCGGCUCUUGUGCUAACGGGAAACGGAAGUGGAGUGCGUAUCCUGCUGCCUCUUAGCAACGCGAGGAGUCAAGUGACCAAACCAGCUGACUCCGGUAGGGAAGACACGGUGGCUGCGGGAACUGAAGCUAGUGCAGCCACGAUUGCCCGGCCGGAGUCUUGAGCCGAACAGUGAUCGUUAGAAUGUCGGGCAAAGACCGAAUUGAGAUCUUUCCCUCGCGAAUGGCACAGACCAUCAUGAAGGCUCGAUUGAAAGGAGCACAGACGGGUCGAAACCUCCUGAAGAAAAAAUCUGAUGCCUUGACUCUUCGAUUUCGGCAGAUCCUAAAGAAGAUAAUAGAGACUAAAAUGUUGAUGGGUGAAGUGAUGAGAGAAGCUGCCUUUUCACUCGCUGAAGCCAAGUUCACAGCUGGGGACUUCAGCACCACAGUUAUCCAAAAUGUGAAUAAAGCCCAAGUGAAGAUUCGUGCAAAGAAAGAUAAUGUAGCAGGCGUUACUUUGCCAGUGUUUGAACAUUACCAUGAAGGAACUGAUAGUUAUGAACUGACUGGUUUAGCCAGAGGUGGAGAACAGUUGGCUAAGUUAAAGAGGAAUUAUGCCAAAGCAGUGGAACUACUGGUGGAACUAGCUUCGCUGCAGACUUCUUUUGUUACUUUGGAUGAAGCUAUUAAGAUAACCAACAGACGUGUGAAUGCCAUUGAACAUGUCAUCAUUCCCCGGAUUGAACGAACCCUUGCUUACAUCAUCACAGAGCUGGAUGAGAGAGAGCGAGAAGAGUUCUAUAGGUUAAAGAAAAUACAGGAGAAGAAAAAGAUUCUCAAGGAAAAAUCCGAGAAGGACUUGCAGCAGCGAAGAGCAGCCGGAGAGGUGAUAGAGCCUGCUAAUCUUCUUGCUGAAGAGAAGGAUGAGGAUCUUCUGUUUGAAUAAUCUUUCCCACUCUGGUCCUUUCAGAAGCCCUAACACUGGCUCCAUUUUAAUUCACGGUGUGUAGGUUUGGUAUGUUUGGCUAUUUAUUUUUUUGGCUCAAGAAUCUUACUGGUUGUAAAAUUUCCCUGGACGGGAAUUUUAAGAGAUUACUUCUGCAGGAUCACAAUUCAGCAGUGAUAUCACAGAUUUGUAGAACCUGCCGAGGAACUUGUAGGAUUUACCACAUGGAAGUGUCAGCUGUUCCAUUUACAUCUGUGUUACAGGUGAUCUGCUUACCAAGCAUAUUAGGAAAUACUGCCAUUGGAAACAUCCGUGGUCAUAGGCCAACACAUGUAGGUCAACUACCACUACAUACCCUUUGUUCCUACCUACUUGCAAACCUAGCACUGUUGUCUGAGAUUGCUGCGGCCGUCCUUGUGUUACUGUGGCCCUUCUCUCCAAGUUUUAUGAAUACCUUCACUUAUUUUUUCUUGCAUGACAGAUCUCUAUUGUGUCUGUCAUGGGAGCAGUUCUGCAAAUUUAAAUGUGACUGGUAUAAGCAGAGUAAAGUGAUUUAAAAAUAAGUUGUUCCCUUUUUAUUAAUUGCUAAGAAUAACAGUCUUGUUCUCAUGCUCAGAUGGGCACUUCAUCUCUGCAAACGUGUAGGUGGUCAUGGGUAGCCUCCCUCUUGUUUUCUUCCAGACACCAGUGUUUUACUAGUAGGCUUACUGUGUUGCAUUUUGGGAUACUAGUAAGUAUGAUUGCCAGUGAGUUAGGAGGGCUUUGUAAUACCAUUUCUUUCCUAAUCUAAGAAAAAUUCUAAUUUCCAUUUGGGAGAAAUAAUAAGGAAACUUCACUAUUUUAUAAGUAGUUUUAACAACUUGCUGUCUCUCAUAUAUGAAGAUUUGAGUGGACAUAGCGGGUGACAGCAGUUCUUAGUGCUGUUUGAUUUGGUGUGAGCCAUCUAUGACUACUCAUUCUUGCAACCAUUCUAGGCAUUUCUGACAUGACUGGGCCAUGGGACAGUUUUUUAGUUAAUGAAAUUGUGAUACUAGUCUUGUUAAUAUUGUAUUUUAAUUAAUUGAUAGCACAGCCUAAAUUUAAAAAAAAAAAAA